AUGUCGAUAGACACCGAACGCUCUGUCUCCCGCGGCCGCGAGCCCUUCAGCUCCUCUGGGCGCGGUGGACUCGGGAACAUCCGGCCGACGUCGACCUCGCGGGACCGGCCGACGGACGGGCCCGACGACUUCUCCUCCACGCGGGGCCGGGAGCCGCCCGUCGCGAGCGGCAUCACAGAGCUGCGCUCGACGGGCCGGGGCGGCGCGGGGAACAUCCGCUCGCCCUCGCGCGACGCCGACGUGCGCGCCGCGGCCGAGCGUGACCUCAUCCGCGCACACGAGGAGCGCGACAAGGCGCUCCCCCACUCCACGGGCCGGGGCGGCGCGGGCAACAUCAGCGCCAGCCGCUCGCGCUCCCGCGGGCCGGCGUCGCCCGUCCCCCUCGUGCACUCCAGCGGCCGCGGCGGCGCAGGCAACAUCGCCCCCGGCCCCGCCCCGGCGCUCGAGCGCGGCCGCCCGGGGCCCGCCCCGGAGGGAAUACACACCACCGGCCGCGGCGGGUAUGCGAACCUCACCGACGCGCCGUCGCCCGCGCCGGAGCACGUCGUGCACCACCCCGGCCCGUACGAGAGCUCGGGCCGCGGCGGCGCCGGCAACAUGUCGCGGUCACGCGAGCGCUCCGCGUCGGGCUCGCGUGAGCGCAGCGCGAGCAAGGACCGCGAGCGCGAGCGCGGCGGCGUACAGGGGCUGUGGACCCGUCUGCACGGCCACAGCCACCCCGCCCCGAUCCCCGAAGGCGACGGUCCCGGCACUGUCGGCGGCGGCGGGCGCGGCGCAAUCUGA